AUGAGUGGCAGAGGAAAAACCGGCGGAAAAGCUAGAGCUAAGGCCAAGACUCGUUCAUCCAGGGCUGGACUUCAGUUUCCCGUGGGACGUGUGCACAGGCUUCUACGUAAAGGCAACUAUGCCGAGCGCGUCGGUGCCGGCGCUCCGGUCUACUUAGCCGCAGUGUUGGAGUAUCUGACCGCUGAGAUCCUGGAGUUGGCCGGUAACGCCGCCCGUGACAACAAGAAGACUCGUAUCAUUCCCCGCCACUUGCAGCUCGCCGUGCGUAACGACGAGGAGCUGAACAAACUGCUCGGCGGAGUGACCAUCGCUCAAGGUGGUGUGCUGCCCAAUAUUCAGGCUGUGCUUCUGCCUAAAAAGACCGAGAAGGCCGUCAAGACUAAGUAAACUCGUCCACUGCUGCUUUGUCAGUACCCAAAGGCUCUUUUAAGAGCCACCAUCUCUGCUUCAAAAGUGCAAUUUUACACCCGUUUUUGUACUGAAAGUGUGCACUAGAAAGUCAGCACGUUUGAAAUGAAAACAGAAGCGUUAUACUUUGCUAAUAAUUAUGUGAUAACGUUAAG